AUGACUUCCACCUGUGUCGUCGCCACCGACUCGGGCUCGAGCGAGCCUUUUGACCCCCUCUUCGACGAGGUUGAUCCGCCUUUUGACCCUCUUUUCGACGAGGUUGACGAGGCUCAGGACAACGCCAACCUGACCAACGAAGAGGCUCCUGCCAUGAUGAACGCCAUGGGUGCCAACAUUGCUAUGGUCGGCAAUGACUUUGAUCUCGAGUUCAUGGCCAGCGAGCCCCACCCCGUCCGCACGGUUACGAUGUACUCCGACCAGAACUACAUGGUCGCUGACAAUGCCAUUACCGACUAUGCCUCCACUCCUUCUGACAAGCUCGACUCCGCCGAGCAGUUGCUGUAUGACCAGCUGACCGCAUUCAUGGCUCCCAACGGACUCGGUCUCAACGAAAGCCUUGCUGUUGAGCAGUCGACCGUCGUGGACAACACUGCCGAUAUCUUCAGCCAGCCUACCGCCAUGGGUUACAACACCCAGGUCUUCACCCAGCCCAACUUUGUGGAUUUCACCACUGAAGUCGCUACUCAACCCACCGUCGUGAAUUACCCUGCUGAGGACGUCACCCAGCCCAGCUCGGUCAACUACACCGCUGAAGUCGCUAUUCAGCCGACCGUCGUGGACUACCCUGCUGAGGUCUUCACCCAGCCCAGCUCGGUCAACCAUACCGCUGAAGUCUUCACUCAGCCCACCGCCGUGAACCCUACUUUUGAGGCUCCCGCUAAGACCUCGCCCUCCGAUGAUUAUGAUUCCACCUCCAAGGUCACCGUCCUUACCUUCGAUGAUAUUUUCGACAAGUACAAGUCUCAACUUGCCCUGGUGAAGUCCCAGGGGUCCGACAUGUUGCAGUUUGACUCUCUCGAAGAGGCUCUCGCCGCCCAGUACCAGGUCAACAGCGACCAGGCUGACAACACUAUCCCGACCACCAUCCCGAACAAGAAGUUUUAUGUCUCCAUCCUGCGUACUGCUCUGGACCACAUGGAUGGCUGCGCGAACUAUGCAACCGGCUUUGGUAAGGGCAAGCUGGUUUACUCGAACGCGCAGAAGGAGCUUGCCUGCUGGCAAAUUCUCGAGUCUGUCAUCCACUCUCAGGUGAACGAGGUCGCUCUUCAGGAUGCUGAGACCAAGGCUUACUAUCCCACUUUCUAUGAGCGUUUCAAGGAUGUGGCUGUUUCUCUGGCCCGUUCAAAGCUUAUCUGCAAGUCCGUUACUUCGCCUGCCUACACCUUCGCUCUUACGGAUGCUCCGAUUGCGGCCUUUAACCGCAAAGAUACCAACAAGGAAGUGAACGAUCACAAGGGGGAGGUUCUUCGUACUUCCCCCAAGCGUGGCAAGGUGACAAAGCCUCGCAAGGCUGCCAAGUCUCACAACUGA